UGUUAGUAGCCAUCCUGGACUAGCUGUAUCAAAGUGCUUUCCGGUGUCCCAGCCAGAGAGGAGCUCAGAUUGGGGAGUUGAUAGUUUUGUGCUGACGGCUAACAUUAAUAUCAUUACUAUGCAGCCAAGUCACGGCUGGGGAAACUGAGGAGACUUGGGCUGGCUAUGAGUUGCUACAUGACUAGUCAGAUUCCUAACUUUAUUGUUAAAUGAUUAAAACCGCUAACUUACUUCACCUUGUCCAGACCGCCCUCCUUUGCUAGCUUAACUAGUUAAGUUAGCAAACGAAUCUCUACCGGGAGUGUUAGCUAAGGCUGACUAGCUUGUUAGCGCCUCAUUCCGCAGCUAACUUCAAAUGACGUGUAGUUAACUUGUCGUACCAUCUCCUGUUAACGGACCAGCGUGUCUUCUCUCUGUCUUAUGCGUAUCAUCAUCUUCUGUAAUCGGCUUUAAGCUAUUUCUGACAGCGCUCUGAGGCAAUGAGACGCCUCAAGUGUUUCAAUGGAGCUAUCAGGAAGUACCACUAGCAACCAUACCCUGAACUCAACAGGUGUUGGUUCAUGGGAGAUCAGUGACAAGGCCAAGCUUUGUCGCUUCCUCUGCUAUGGCUCAGAGAGGGACUUGUACAGUACCAAAGAAAAUGGUCGCAUCAAAUUGGAGAACACUGGAGCCCUGCAGUCCAUGUUGGAGGAGAAACGAGGCGCUGAGGUGUUGGAGGAAAUAAAAAGGUUCGCUCAGGAUGGGCGAGCUGUCAGACUGGAGCCCUCCAUUUUUGCCUUGGCUUUGUGCUCCCAGAACCCAGAUGUGAACACCAAACAGGCAGCGUUCAAAGCCCUGAAGGAUGUUUGUCGUGAGCCUGCCCAUCUGUUUUCUUUCAUCAAGUACAAGAAGGAAUUAAAAGAGCACAUGAAAUGUGGGAUAUGGGGGCGUGCCCUGAGGAGAGCACUGUCUGACUGGUACAAUGAGCAAGAUGCCAUGAGUCUAGCUGCUGCAGUGACCAAAUGUAAGCAGAGAGAGGGCUGGUCACACCAGGAUCUGCUCAGACUCUCCCACACUAAACCAGCUAGGGAUGCUAUUGCCUUGAUCAGCAAAUAUGUAACAAAAGGGUGGAAAGAGGUCCAGGUUGCUCAUGAAAACAAAGAGAACGCCGAAGAGGUUAUCAGGGUGCUUUCAUAUCUUGAAGUGGUGGAAAAGGUAAAGCACAGUCGGGAUGAAACUGAGGUCGUCACUUUAAUAGAGGAACACAAGCUUGAGAGGGAACAGCUGCUGACCGAGCAUCUGAAGUUUAAACAGGUAUGGAGCGCUUUGUUGAAGGAAAUGCCUCUCCAUUCGGUGGUAAAGAUGUUAGGUAGGCUGACAUCUGGCAAAGUUCUUGAACCAGGAAGCUCAGAAACACAGUUUUUAUGUGACAGAAUUCAAAGUGAGACUGCACUAAAACAGGCAAAGAUCCACCCUUUCAGUAUACUUUUGGCUACAGAAAACUACAAAAAAGGCCAUGGCUAUCAGGGUAAACCAAAAUGGGAAGCAGACCGCAACAUCCUUAAAGCUAUGGACUCUGCCUUUUACAAGAGUUUUAUGAAUGUGGAGCCUGUGGGUAAAUGCUUUGUUGUGGCAGUAGAUAUGAGCGGGUCACCGAGCAGCAUUGUCCCAGGAACGUCGAUCAGCACUGCUGCUGCUGCAGCCGCUAUUGCCAUGAUUUUAGCAAGGACAGAGGCUGACACACAUGUGCUGGUCUACUCUCAAGAGGCUAUGGUACCAUUCUCUAUUUCUGCUGACAUGACUCUCAAAGAAGCAACUGAUGAACUGGUUAAGAGCACGAGAGAAAGGGGUGCACAGCCAUCAGGUAGUGCCUUUAUGUUGCAGUUCCUGAGUGAGAGCAGAGGCUGCACCGUUCCCAUUCAAUGGGCCACAGAGAACAGGAAAGCUGUAGAUGUGUUCGUCAUUUUGAGCACCAACCCACUGUUGAUGUUAACUGCCAGCCCGGUGGAGUCUCUGAAGAAGCACAGAGAAACAUCAGGAGCUAAUUCGAAGCUGGUGAUGUGUGACCUGACUAACACUGGAUUUCCCAUCGGAGACACAGAAGACCGGGGUUUGCUGACCAUCUCUGGCUUCGACCUUGGAGCUUUUAGUGUCAUUCGUAAUUUGGCCCAAGAUCUGAUCUGAUAAGAUUUCGGGGACUUUUCUUGAGUAACGUAAUGAGUGUAGAAUAUGAAGGCAAAGAGUGGACCAAUGAGGCUCAUUUAGCAUGUAGAGUGUCCCAAAACAGCACUAAUCUAAAAGAUGCUGACAAUUUCAAUUCCAGUUUUUCUUUGUUUUCUCUUGCUCACCAUUAAGUCGACAAAGUAUCCAGCGGGCUGGACAACACUUUGGAAAUGUAAAUUGCAUCUAUAUUUUGUGAAAAUUGAAUAGGAAGUGAUUAAGACAUGGUAUGUGUUUGCAUAUCAUGUUUUUAAGAGUCUCUAUAUGAUCAGCUGUUCAGUACUUUGGUGGAUUUUGAUGGGUCGUGAUUUAAGUGGGGAAAAAAUGAACCAAUUCAACAUUUGUAGCAAGAGGUUGUCAGGUUAAGUGGAACAAUGCAGUUUAGGGUGUUUGCAACUGUAGGUUUACUUUGGGGGGGAUUACCUGUAGUUUUCAACAUGCAUCUAUGGUAUGAGUUAGCAGGUUUGAUGUAGAGAUGCUUUAAACCUUCAUUUCAUGUAGCGUUUCUUAGACAUACUUAACAUCAGUGAAAGAGAAACCUGAAACAAAGCAUACAAAGUCAAUGGUAAAACUUGGAGUUGCUUUUUAUUGUGUUAAUUUCACAGAUUUCUUAGAUCAGAAAAGUUUUUCUUUAAGUAUUAACAUCUUGGAUUCCUUUUACACAGUUUUUGCUUUAGCUUAGCCACAAAUUUUAGUUGUUCUAACAUUUGUUUGACCCUAAGCCCAGUUUAUUGCUUUAAAGCUGAGUUUUUGGUUUUCUUCUUGUGAGAUUAUACUUUAAAAGAAAUGUGGUGACACUUUUUAUAAAGCAAAUUUGGAUUCAGUUUUAACAACACACUAACGCCAAUGUUUGGGUUUUUUUUUUUUUUUUUUUUU